UCGAUUUAUCGCCGAAUGGAUACGAGAGGCAUGGAGCCACAAAUGGAGUUGGCCGAGAACAAAGCUGAUAGCGCCAAGAAACAAGAGAACGAGGAGGAGGAAGAAGAAAAAGAAGAAGAACAUGGGAGGAGAAAGAAGCUUGGAGGCAUCAAAACAAUGCCUUUCAUUCUCGCGAAUGAAGUAUGCGAUAGAUUUGCCACUACUGGAUUUCAUGCCAAUAUGAUAACGUACCUGACCCAAGUCCUUAACCUGCCGCUGGUUCAGGCCUCCAACACUCUCACCAACUUCAGCGGCACCGCCAGCUUCACGCCAUUGAUCGGCGCUCUGAUCGCCGAUUCCGUCGCCGGCCGGUUCUGGACCAUCAUCGUCGGUUCUAUUAUUUAUGAACUGGGUCUGAUUAGCAUCACCAUAUCAGCAGUAGUCCCAUCCCUCCAGCCUCCGCCAUGUCCAGACCAGAAAAACUGCCGGGAAGCCUCAUCUUUGCAGCUAUGGGUCCUUUACAUCUCCCUCCUCCUCACCUCCAUCGGCACCGGCGGCAUCAGACCUUGCGUCGUCGCCUUCGCCGCCGACCAAUUCGACAUGAAAAAAUCCAGCGUAGAGUCCAGGAAAUGGAACUUCUUUAACUGGUAUUACUUCUGCAUGGGAAUGGCGACGCUGACUGCGCUCACCGUCGUCGUUUACAUACAAGACAAUGUGGGCUGGGGCUGGGGCCUUGGCCUCCCAGCCAUAGCCAUGGCUCUGUCAAUUAUCGCCUUCGUGAUCGGUGCUUCGCUUUAUAAGAAGUUGAAGCCCGGAGGAAGCCCGUUGGUGAGAUUGGCACAGGUUGUCGUCGCCGCCGUGAAGAAGAGGAAGGCGGUGGCACCGACAGAUGCCGGUCUCUUGUACCAGAACAAGAACCUUGAUGCCGCUAUAUCGGUUCAUGGAAGACUAGUACACACAGAUCAGUUCAAAUGGUUUGACAAAGCAGCUAUAGUGACAGAGAGGGAAGCCACGAAUCUUGACCAACCAAAUCUAUGGAGAAUCACCACCGUCCAUCGCGUGGAAGAGCUCAAAUCAAUCAUCAGAAUGCUCCCCAUCUGGGCCGCCGGAAUCUUACUGGUAGCUGCAUCGUCGCACCAGCAUAGCUUCACUCUCCAACAAGCUCGCACCAUGAACCGCCAUCUCUCUCGCUCCUUCGAAAUCCCACCGGCCAGCUUGUCAGUCUUCGGCAUCAUCACCACGCUCGUCGGCCUGGUCCUCUACGAGCGCCUCUUCGUCCCCUUAGCUCGCCGGCUCACCGGCGACCCCACCGGCGUCACCUGCCUGCAGAGGAUGGGAAUCGGGUUCGCCGUCAACAUCCUAGCCACCCUUGUCUCCUCACUGGUCGAGAUGAAGAGAAAAUCAGUAGCGGCUUCUCAAAACUUGCUCGAUGAACCAACCGCCGUCAUCCCCAUAAGCGUGUUCUGGUUAGUCCCUCAGUUCUGCCUCCAUGGAGUUGCAGAGGUUUUCAUGUCGGUGGGUCAUUUGGAGUUUCUGUACGAUCAGUCACCGGAAAGCAUGAGGAGCACUGCGGUUGCGCUGUAUUGGUUCGCCAUAUCAGUGGGAAAUUAUAUAGGUACUCUUUUGGUGUCUCUGGUGCAUAAGUAUACUGGAGAGAGAAAUAACUGGUUGCCUGAUCGGAAUCUGAACCGGGGAAGAUUAGAGUAUUAUUAUUGGCUGGUUAGUGGAAUUCAAGUGGUUAAUCUGGUUUAUUAUGUGGUUUGUGCUUGGUUUUACACUUGUAAACCAUUGGAAGAGGUUUAUGAUGAUGAUGAUGAUGAUGAUGAAGAUGGUAAACUAGAAAAUGAAUAUAAAGGCCUGCAAAAGCAGAAGGUUAAUGAUCCUGUCGCCAUUAAUGGCGAGUUAGAACUUGUAGUGAACCAGACAGUUUAGGAUUUUGUAUACUGUGAAAUUUAUAAUAUAAUUGGAUGAAAAUUUUCUUA